CGUGCACUCAUUGUUUUAACUUCUAGUGUGGGGCUGAGAUUACGUUGUGCCGUUAAAUUGAUUCCUAUGAACAUUAUCUCUGCUAGCAACACGAGAAUUCCUCCUAACAAACCACAAUGUUUCCUCAAUUCAUAUUUACAGAUGCACAGAGUUUUGAGCCUCUUUGAACUGUGCAUUUUUUUUGUGAUGUGUGAUUCUCUACAGGUGUUUUAUAAGAGACUAAAGUUUACAGGACUGAAAUAAAUAGGCCAUGGAAAAAAUUGAGAAGACUUAUAUAGAUGCGUAGAAGCUGUUGGAAUCGGCAAGCACUAAAGUACCCCUUGAUGUUGUUUAAAGGAACAUGUUAUUACAUUAGCAUCUCAGGGUAACAAAACAUUCAAACCACUGCUGGGAGUGGGUUAAAAUUACAAAGAAUGUCUGCAAGACAAACGAGUCUAAUAUAAAAUGUACAGAUUUCUGUGAGCAGACGGAUUGUCAACAUUUCUUCAGCAGUGAAAAGCAUGUUGAAUGCUUUCCCAGGAAUGGAAUUUCUGGACAAAUUAUCUAAUAUUUAAUUCUCAAUGAAUAUUAAAAAUAUGCCUUCUGCUCACUUUUCCAUUUCCGUAAGGAUUGAUUUGAUUGAUUCAGAACUGGCUGAAAAAUGAUGUUUGUGCUGCUGAAAGUGACUCUAUCAGAAUUAUUUUGCUGUUGUUAAUCAUUGUCUUCCAAUUAGUUUCCUGUUCUGGAAUUCAUUAUGCCAUGACAAAAAUGAACCUGCACAAUGUGUAUAUUAUUUAACCGAUAGAAGGAUUCAUAUUCAAUUGAACACUUAAACAUGAUGUUUAAAGAGGCGACAUGCUGAAAGUGCGAAUAGACCUGUCUGUUCAACUUUUCAGUUUUCUUGUCAUGAAUUUUUUGUUUUCACACAUUGUUACCUUUGAGAGCGAUGCAACAAGGGACAGAGAUUCAAACUGGGCAUCUGGAUUAUGUCCGGAAAAUUGUACGUGUAAAAUGAUGGAUUACCCUAAAUACAAGAGCUUUUUCAAUAAGACUGUAGUGUGUAUUGGAGUAGAGUUUGUGAAUAAUGUAUUUCCAGAAAAUGUUCCAUUAGAUGUACAAAUUUUGGAUCUAUCUCACUGUCAUUUGGUACGUCUCAGCUUCAAAUUACCAUUGAAAAAUUUGAGAUUUCUGGAUAUUUCGUUCAACAAUUUAAAAAUGCUUGACAGACAGAUUCACAAGCUGACGGCUCUCAGACGACUUAUCAUUCAGAAUAAUAGCAUAUCAUAUCUACAGAAUGGUGCAUUCAGCGGUAUGAUGUUCUUAGAAGUACUUGACCUUUCAAAUAAUCAGCUGUAUUCCAUUGAGCCCCAUACCUUUGGUGGAUUGAAUUAUCUGAAAAAACUCCACCUCCAGGGAAAUCGCCUGCAUCAUUUGUCUCCUCAGUGGUUUAUCAGCAUGCCAAGUCUCGGCUGGCUUUUUCUGUCUAACAAUUUAAUUGGACGACUGAAAGCUAAUGUGUUUGAAACACUUUCUGGCCUCUUUACAAUGAAGCUUGAUGGAAACAGGAUUACGCACAUCGAGUCUGGUGCAUUUAACGGACUAACACACCUGCGGAUUUUGGAUAUGACAGACAACCAACUUCAAACCAUUCCAACACAGGAACUCCACGAUCUUCCAUUGCUUCAGUACCUUUACUUUGACAAGAACCCCAUUCUACGUAUUCCAUAUCACGCCUUUCACUCUGUGAAUCUGACAAUGUUAACAAUGAGUUACAUGCCUGAACUUAAAGUUAUAGAAAAAGAGUCAUUUUCAAAUCUUAAACAUUUGGUAACUUUACAACUUCACGAUAACAGUGAACUUGUCUAUAUAGAUCCCAAAACUUUUGUGAACUGUUCACGACUGAAAAACUUGUAUCUCCAUAACAACAAAUUAGGAAGUGUGUCUUCCGUACUAAAAGACAGUCUACCAGCAUUAAAAACACUACACCUAUACAACAAUGAACUAGAGUGUGACUGUAAUGCAAUGUGGAUAAAACAGGAAAAUCUAAAGGAAAAAUCGAACACAACUUAUAGAUCUGUACUAUUUGGGGACUCCAUGCUUAAGUGUAGUGCACCUCCAAGUAAGAAGGGCAAACUGCUUCGAGAUUUGCCUUUAUCCGAUCUGAAUUUCACCUGUGCCCCCGUUUUAAUUCCUCUUUUUAAAAACCGUUACAAUCUCAGCAUUGGAGAGGAGCUGCAUUUGGAAUGUUACACAAUGGGAUUACCUUUUCCCCAAAUAAGUUGGCGAUUACCCAACAAAACGAUUCUCCGCAAAGAAAAUCUACAAUCAGGACGAUAUAAAAUUCAUAACAAUUCCACAUUUAUUCUGAAAUAUUUAUACGAAACAGACACAGGAACUUAUUCCUGUCAAGCUCAGAGUGUAUCUGGAUUUGAUGUGAAAUCCACAUACGUAACUGUCAACAAUAAACCUGUCCGGAUCUCUCCGGAGUAUGUGGCUGGAAAUUUUAUAACAAUAUCAUGGAACGGAACUCGGAAUCAAUGGUCUAUGACAGGUUAUGAAAUCCAUUAUAGGCAGUCUGACAGAUCUGACAAAUUCCAAAUCAUUCCAUUAGAUAGAAGGCUUCGACAGUUUCGCUACACAUUUACGAAUCUGACCCCUUUAACAACGUACAUGUUCUGCAUUGUGUAUGUGUUUGAAACAGAACUAUAUACUGUUCACUGUACAAACAUAACCACAAAUGAUCUCGAUUUAAAUGAGAUCGGAAUAACGCACAUAAAUUCUAAAAUGGUUGUAGGUGUUGUGACGUCGAUCUUCAUGUUGUUGAUUCUGGGAUGUUGUGUUUUUGUGAUACGUCGCGUCGGUAAGAGGAAGGACUACCUUGAACCACUGUAUAGUAACGACACAGAGAGUCUUAUGGAUGUAAUUCCCUUAGAAUCAAUGUAUCAAGGGCAGACAACUUCGGCAGCAUGCUCUUCCCGCACAUCGCUGAUUCAGUCACAGGAUUAACUUCCAACAGGUGCUAUGGCAACAAUGGCAAAUUAUUGAUUGUCAAAUUCAAAAAAAUUAUAAAAAUAUACAAGGAUUUACAAUGACAUUGUUAGUGUUUUACUAAAAAUGAAAAUCAAAGUAUUAUAAAAAUGUGUGUUCAAGUGCAUAUG